AUGACACCACCUGGACGUCUCUACCUCCCAAGGGCAUAUGGCGCCCUCCUCCUCCCCCUCCUUCUGGGGCUGCUGCUGGCCCUGCCGCCUGGGGCCCAGGGGCUCCCCAGUGUCGGCCUCUCACACUCAGCUGCACAGACUGACCCCAGCACCCUCAAACCUGCUGCUCACCUCGUUGGAGACACCAGAUCACAGGACUCACUGCACUGGAAAGUGAAUGUGGAUCGUGCCUUCCUCCAACAUGGCUUCUCUAUGAGCAACAACUCCCUCCUGAUCCCCACCAAUGGCCUCUAUUUCGUCUACUCCCAGGUGGUCUUCUCUGGGGAAGCCUGUUCCCCAAAGGUCACCCCUAUCUUUUUGGCGCAUGAGGUCCGGCUCUUAUCCCCCCAGUACCCCUUGUUCGUGCCUAUCCUCAGCACCCAGAAGUUUGCGUGCACAGGGCCGCAGAGACCUUGGGUGCACUCAAUGUACAGUGGGGCUGUGUUCCUGCUCAGCCAGGGAGACCAGCUAUCCACUUACACAACGAGCAUCUCCCACCUAGUCAUCAGCCCCAGUACUGUCUUCUUUGGAGCUUUUGCUGUAUAG